CCCGAGUUGGCAUAAAUACCCCUAACGACGUUCAGCCAGAGUCGUACGGGAGAAUUGACCGGCAGUGUAGCUUCAGUCUCCACCACCACCACCACUUCACCGCCCGAUUCCAACCAUGAAGGUCAACACGCUCUUGGCUGUCACGGCCGCCCUAAGCCCCUUGGGGGUUGGCGCCGGCUCCCCCGCCGCGGCGAGCAAGAUGGAAGAAAUCAUGGACGUCAAGACGAAACAGUGGGACGCGGCCCGCGCCAGGGGUCUCUUUGGCGGCUCGACCCUCUACCGCAAGGUCACCUCCAAGCAGCGGUGCGUCAACGGCGUGGCCGGGAAAGGCAACGCCGCGUACCGCUGCAACAACGUGGACCUACACGGGUUCCUCAGCCACGAGGACCUCGCCUCCACCACCAAAGCGGGCAACGACGUCUGGGGCUGGACGGCCCCCGGCGGGCGCGAGUUCGGCAUCGUCGGGCAGACGGACGGCGUGGGCUUCGUCGAGAUCACGCGGAACGGCAACCUGGAGUACCUCGGCCGGCUGGACACGCAGACGACGGCGACGAGCUGGCGCGACAUCAAGGUGAUCGGCGACCACGCCUACAUCGGCGCCGAGUCGGACGACCACGGCCUGCAGGUCUUCGACCUGACCAAGCUGCUGGACAUCAAGCCGUGGUGGAACCCCUUGUUCUGGCGGCCGCGCGCCUUCAGCAAGGAGCGCGACCUGACGGCGCUCUUCACGGGCUUCGGCGCGUCGCACAACAUCGUCGCGCACGAGGAGGCCCACAUGAUCUACGCCGUGGGCGGGCGGUCGGGCGCCAACGCGCGCAACACGACCUGCGCGGGCGGCAUGUUCAUGGUGGACGUGUCGGACCCGGCCAACCCGGUCUCGCCGGGCUGCAUCGCGCAGGACGGCUACGUGCACGACGCGCAGUGCGUCGUGUACACGGGGCCGACCGAGAAGUACCGCGGCCGCGAGAUCUGCUUCAACUACAACGAGGACACGCUCACCAUCAUGGACGUGACGGACAAGAAGAAGCCCGAGGUGGUGUCGCGCACGCCGUACGAGGGCGCCGCCUACACCCACCAGGGCUGGCUGGUCGACGAGACCAUGACCUUCCUGCUGCUGGACGACGAGCUGGACGAGGCCGACGGCACCGUCCCCGGCGAGAAGAACCACACCACCACCUACAUCUUCAACGUCACCAACCUGGCCGAGCCCAUCAACACGGGCUUCUACCAGAGCCCGGCCAAGUCGAUUGACCACAACCAAUACGUUGUCAAGGGCCUGACGUACCAAGCCAACUACGGCUCGGGGCUGCGCGUGGUCGACGUGUCCGGAGUCGAGCGUGACCCGACGGGCGGCAACUUCGAGGAGGUCGGCUUCUUCGACUGCCACCCGGAGGAUGACGACGUUAACGGCGUGGUCGAGUUCCUCGGGACCUGGUCUGUGUACCCGUACUUCAAGUCGGGAUACAUUCUGCUCAAUUCGAUCGAGAGAGGCAUCUUCUCACUGAAGUACAAUGGGCGCAAGGCUAAGUACUAGAUUUGGAUGAUGGAUGGGGGCGAUGCAUUGGCUGUUGGGGGCGGGAAAACUGAGGCUUGUGAAGACUCGGGACGUGAGAGAGAUGGAAUGCCGAAUUAUUAGCCCACCGCUUUUGGGAUGAUUCUGCUUGGCAGAAAAGAGUGCUGUCGGGGAAAAAAGGCGGUGGCCCGAUUCUUUUGGGAGGAGCAGCAGUGUUCUGUACAAAUAAACAGAAUGGCGAGUAGGGACAACAGCGUGUGUUCCCACAGCCACAUCGCACUCCCAGCCAGUCAACAAUGCAAGCAAGAAGCCAGGGGCGAAAACACACCUGGCAAAAUAC